UGACUGAACUGUUGACAAAGCAAGCUGGCCACUGGUGGAGGAAGCAGGAUUCCUUCGCCGACAGUUUCAGUAAUGAGUAAUGUGGAGUGGUCAGAUGGUACCAGCUGAUUCAGGUUUAUUGAAGUGUACCUGUGGUUCUGGAUUCAGCCUCAGUGUCUCUCUUUGACUCUGCCUUAGCUAGUUUUUAGCUCGCGCUAUAGCAAAUCUUCUUUGUCUUCAGUGAAUGCACGUCUCGUCAGACCUUUUAUCCAUGUAAUAGGUGGUCAAGAGAAGAGGAAACCAACAGAGAGCUGUGAUUAUGGACAUCCAGAACGAGAGGAGAAGGCUGCUGGAUGGGGAGGAGGGAGAUGAAGAUCCUUCUGGACUCAUGUCAGAGCAGGAGGCUUAUCUCAGUAAAGUAAAGAACAAAAACCUGUUCCUAGCCACGUUCGCGUCCGUUCUGGGUCCCAUGAGCUUCGGUUUCGUGUUGGGCUACAGCUCUCCAGCCAUCCCUGAACUCAGCAGGAUCUCCGACCCCCGGCUGAGACUCAACGAUGUCCAAGCCUCCUGGUUUGGGUCCAUUGUGACGGUCGGAGCAGCAGCGGGCGGUCUGCUGGGCGGAUGGAUGGUGGAGAAGAUCGGCAGGAAGCUCAGUCUGAUGUUCUGCUCGCUGCCGUACGUCUUUGGAUUCACCGUCAUCAUCGCUGCUCAGAACGUGUGGAUGCUUCACAUCGGCAGAGUGCUCACUGGCCUCGCCAGCGGGGUCACGUCACUGGUCGUCCCGCUGUACAUAUCAGAGAUGGCCCAUGAGCGAGUACGGGGGAUGCUGGGCUCCUGUGUGCAGCUCAUGGUGGUGCUAGGCAUCAUGGGAGUUUAUUUAGCAGGUCUCUUCCUGGACUGGCGCUGGCUGGCGAUCUGCAGCUCCAUCCCUCCGACGCUGCUGAUGGUCUGCAUGUGCUUCAUGCCUGAGACGCCGCGCUUCCUGUUAUCACAGGGGAAGAGGCGAGAGGCCGAAGAGGCGCUGCGUUUCCUCAGAGGACCGGACGCCCCCGUCGAGUGGGAGUGUGCUCGCAUCGAGGACGCCUGUGAUGAGCAGGGCUCCAGUUUCCAGAUGUCUGACCUGAAAGACCCCGGGGUCUACAAGCCUCUGAUUAUCGGCGUCAUGCUGAUGAUAUUUCAGCAGAUGACGGGGAUCAAUGCCAUCAUGUUCUACGCUGAGACCAUAUUUGAACAGGCUCAUUUCAAGGAGAGCGACCUGGCCUCGGUGAUCGUGGGUACGAUCCAGGUCAUCUUCACUGGAGUGGCAGCUCUGAUCAUGGACAAAGCCGGGAGGAAAAUACUUCUCAUCAUCUCUGGUGUUGCCAUGACCAUCAGCACCACAGCAUUCGGGGUCUACUUCUAUCUGGUGUCACAGAAGCCCACCAUCACCGUACCGACGAUCUGGCUUAUGGCUGGGUCGGAGCCCCACGUGGACCUGGCCUGGCUGGCUUUGGUCAGCAUGGCCGUCUUCAUAACUGGCUUUGCCCUGGGUUGGGGUCCGAUCCCGUGGCUGGUGAUGUCUGAGAUUUUCCCCGUCAAAGUGAGGGGGUUCGCCAGCGCCGUCUGCGUCCUUACCAACUGGAGCAUGGCCUUCAUCGUCACCAAAAACUUCCAGGACAUGAUGAAUCUUCUAACCAGCGCUGGAACCUUCUGGCUGUUCGCCUGCAUGUGCACCCUCAACACCAUCUUCACCAUCGCCUUCAUCCCCGAGACGAAGGGAAAGACACUGGAACAGAUAGAGGCCAUAUUUAGAGGGACAUCAGGGCCUUGAAGGACUGUCGACUCUCGAAUGUAUAUAAAAAAAAAUCACAAAAAUGGGAAAUCUCAGACCUCAUCUGUGUGAACUGACUGUUCUCAGGACACUGAAAUCUUGAUACUGAAACUAAGCUCACUGGGACUCUUUCUUAUUGUGGGGUUUGAUGUCUCACACAGCUUGAAUUACUUGUCAGCUCUGUUAGAAAACACGGCUCCAUGAAGGUUUUAACACUCA